AUGAGCGAUGCCAUUUGGCGUGUGAUGAAUGUCGGAAACGAAAGCUUCGCUGUGACGGUAGCCUGCCGCAUUGCGGAGUUUGCACCGAAGCAGGUAUCAUAUGCAGGGUCAGCACGAUGCGGUCGGCGAGAGGGCCAAAAAAAGGUCUCCUCAAAGCUCUUCGACUCCAGGCCACCGAGUUACAACGCCAGUUGGACGAACGCGGAGCAGGGAAUAUCGAACGUGAUGUAUCAAGACAUCGGCCGCACGAUUUACCUCCAAGCAAGGAAAGAGCUUGAAAAUAUUGAGCUUCAGGGUACUGGUCUUGACUCAGUUGACGUCGAGCAAGCGCAAGCAUGGACUCUUAUCGCGUUCUACGAAAUCAUACGAGCCUAUUACCGGCGAGCCUGGAUGAGUAUUGGACGCGCAUCCCGAUUACUCCAGCUUAUGGGCCUUCACAGUAUCGAUAAUGAAGGCGAAUUUAUAGAAGGUAACGGAAGGUCUUUACGGAACGAUAUCGAGACGGAGGAACAGCGACGGACAUUUUGGAUGGCAUAUUGUCUCGAUCGUUUGGUGGGCAUUCGAAAUAACUGGCCCUUGGCAUUUAACGAACUCGUGAUAUGCACUCGGCUUCCUGCGUCUGAGACCGACUUUCAAAACGGCGAACCCGGCUUUGGUGGGUUCCUUUCAGAAGCUAUUUCAACCGACUCCGAGGACAAUAUCCCUGCCUUCAAUGAAUUGAUAAUAUUUGUAACGAUCUGUGCGCGCUGUCUAUCACAUAAACAGCAGACAGCCAUAGAGCCCCUCUAUGGUGGCGCAACACAGGAUUUUUGGGAUCGGCAUGAGUGGCUUCAUGCACUCCUGAUACGAAAGCUCGGAAGAAUAUCUCGGAUGUUAUCAUCGUCUCCAAUCAUCAUGGACCCCAUGCGCCUUUUUGCAAUCAUGGUGGCAUAUACAGCUCUUAUCUAUCUUCACAAUAUCGCGAAUUUUUCACCAAGCGAAAGCGUAAACCAACUGUCUAUGCCUGCAUAUGAAGAAGAGGCACGAGUCGCCGCCUUAGAAAUUGUCAAGCUGGCGCAAAAUGUAGAUGAGCUAAGUAUUUUCAAGGUCCAUCCAUUAUCACCGUUUCCGAUGUAUCACGCUGCAGAUUUCCUCAGUCGGCAUUGCUCUUCGGCAGUUUCCUAUGUGUCCGAGAUACAGAAGCUUGUCGCUGUCCUUCAGAGCCUGAAGCCUGUGAGUGACCUGGCAGGCCACUAUUUGCAGUUACUUAAAUCCUUUUCGCCUUCGGUUCAAACAGUAGAAGCCGGGAUCUGA